AUGUCUGAUAACGAAACUAGCUUUACAAAACAUAAACCUAAAGAAAAAGUCAAUUCCCACAAGCAAAAGAAAGAAUUAUGCCAGUUAGCUAAAAAUAAUCCAAAUUUUAUUCAACAGGAAUUGGCAAAUAAAUUUGGUGAACAAGCUCUUGCUCGUUGGUUUGAUCUUGCACUAGAAAAUAAUAUAACAAUAACUGGUUUAAUUUUGCAAGAAAAAGCCAAACAAAUUGUAGUAGCUUUGGAAAUUGAAAAAUUUAAUGCAUUUGAUGGCUGGUUACAAG